AUGCGUAUAACAGAACAAAUUUUCGAUGGAUGUUCAUCUCAAGCGCUAAGGGAGGCUAUUUUGAAAAAGCGACUGGUGGAUCUGGCAGAUAUUGUCGAAGAGGGUAGAGUGCUAGAAACGAUUGACACGAAUCAGAUGGAAGCGGCUGGAGAAGAUUCCGCUAGUGUGAAUAAAGUGAGAAGUGCAAGCAAUCGUUGUUUCCGCUGCGGAUCGGCGGGGCAUUACGCAAAUGAUAAGAAGUGUCCGGCCCGGAAGAAGAGUUGUGAUAAGUGUGGGCUAAUCGGGCAUUUUAAAAAGUUGUGUAAAACGAAGAAAUCUUUCGGAGAGAAGAAGAAGAAAGUACGUCAAGUGGAAGACUCCGAAGAAGAUGAAGAAGUGCCUUCUGAUGGCGAAAAAGGAAGCGGCUGUGAAAGUGAUGGAAGCGAUAUUUACCACAUAUUUUCGGCCGUGGUCCGUGAGAAGAAAAAGUGCAAUGCUGAAAACGAUGACAAGUACAACACGAAAAUGAAGUGCCUGGUAGGUGGGGUACCAGUUCAGUGGACGAUAGAUUCGGGAGCCUCCGUUAACGUUAUUGACGAGGCCACCUGGAAGGAACUAAAGAAGAGUGGAUGCAAAGUGAGCUUCGAAACGAAUGAAACGCGAAAGAAGUUGGUGGCCUAUGGAAAUCAUAAGCUAGAAGUGAAGGGUAUGUUCAAAGCCGAUAUAUGCCAUGGAUCGGUAACGGUGCACAGUGAAAUAUUUGUGAUUAGGGGAAAAGGCACCAACUUGUUGGGGAAAACGUCAUCGGUUGAUCUUGGGGUGUUGAAAAUCAACUGUGAAGUGCUGCACGUGACUGAGAAGAAACCAUUGAAGAUCGGAAAGGCGAAAGAUUUGCUGGUUACCAUCAAUAUCGACCAGAAUGUCCACCCGGUACAACAACCGUGUCGACGGCUACCGAUUCCAUUACAGAAGACGGUCGACGAAGAAAUCGGUAAGCUCCUCGAGCAAGACAUCAUCGAAACAGCUACAGGUAAGAUCACUUGGGCUUCGCCAUUAGUUGUCACACCGAAAGAUGGGGGACGACGUGUACGUCUUUGUGUGGAUAUGCUCAAGGCAAAUACGGCGAUUAUUCCCCAGCGACACCCCUUACCUACUUUCGAAGAGCUGAUGCCAUAUUUGGACGGAUGCAAAUACUUCUCAAAGAUCGAUUUGAAUCAGGCUUUCCACCAGUUGGAGCUUUCCCCUGAGUCUAGAGAAAUCACAACAUUCGUCACGUCCAAGGGCUAUUUUCGUUUUAAACGGUUGAUGUUUGGAAUGAAUUGUGCGGAAGAGAUAUUCCAGAGAGAGCUAGAGCGGAUCCUUAAAGGCUUGGAAGGAGUUGUACACUUCAUCGACGAUAUCCUGGUGUUUGGACGAACCAAAGCCGAACUGGAGAAACGGGUGGCAGCAGUGAUGAAGCGGCUGAGAGACCAUGGGCUCACCAUCAAUGAAGGAAAGUGCCAGUGGGGACAGAAGAGCGUGACAUUCCUGGGUCACGAGCUGUCUCAGAAAGGUAUACUACCAGCAGAGGAGAAGGUUUGUGCGGUCAAAUCGUUCAGGCGUCCGGCAACAGCGGAGGAGGUGCGUAGUUUUUUAGGCCUCGUGAAUUACGUGGGGAAGUUUAUUCCUCAUUUAUCCACCAUCAGCGCGCCGCUCCGUGAAAUAGUACAAAAAGGAGUUCAGUUCCGGUGGACCAAAGAGGCUAAUCAAGCCUUCAUCAAAAUCAAGGAUGCUCUAUCCGACCCUCACCAUCUCGGGUUCUACAAUGCAGACAGCAAAACUACACUGGUCGUCGAUGCUAGUGCAACCGGGCUAGGCGCAGUCUUGUUGCAGAGCGAUAACGGGAAAGGACGAGUGAUCAGCUACGCCAGUAAAAGUCUAUCAAAAACGGAGCAGAAGUAUUCAGUGUUAGACAAAGAAGCCAUGGCGAUUUACUGGGGUGUUGGGCGAUUCGAGAUGUACCUCAGAGGAAAAGAUUUCACCGUUGUCACCGAUCACAAGCCGUUAGUGAAAAUAUUUUCCACAGAUUCCGCUCCUAAUGCACGACAACAGCGAUGGGUGCUUAACCUACAAGGCUAUCGCUUUAAGCUGGUGUACGCUCCUGGGAAAACGAACAUUGCAGAUCCGUUGUCGCGUCUAUCUCAAGCUGUAGAAGGCUCCACAAGUGACCGAGAUUGUGAAAGCGAUCUAUGUGCUGCUAUCGAAAGUGCUUUACCAUCCACUAUGACAAUGACGGAAGUCAUUGAGGGCUCAGAAAAUGAUGCUGAAUUGCGGAAGCUGCGAGAUGCGAUCAAUUCAGGAAAGUGGAAUAGCGAAUUGAAACAUUACCAACCUUUUCAAGAUGAGUUGUGCUGUGUAAGGCAAGUUGUUCUUCGACUGAACAAAAUAGUCAUCCCCGAGGCUCUCCGUAAAAGAGUUCUGGAUCUUGCACACACUGGUCAUCCGGGGAGCAACAAGAUGAAACGCCGGCUGCGAGCAUCAGUUUGGUGGCCAGGAUUAGACAAAGAGGUGGAGCAAAGGUGUAAGAGGUGUAUUGAAUGCCAAGCCGUAGGACGGAGCUCCAAUCCGGAGCCUUUACAGAUUCGAGCAAUGCCUGCGAAGCCAUGGAGCCAUCUUUGCGCUGAUUUUCUUGGACCGCUCCCGAACGGAAAAUACCUGUUUGUGUUAGUCGAUUAUUACAGCCGAUAUUGUGUGGUAGAAACAAUGUCCAAUACGUCUUCUGCAGCGGUGAUUCAACGACUGGAGCGAAUAUUCACACGACUGGGUCUACCGGAUGUGUUGACUACAGAUAAUGCCUCAAAUUUCUGCAGCCAACAGUUCAAGGAUUAUUGUGUCGAUACCGGAAUCAAACUAGCUCAUACAACGCCGUAUUGGCCAGCUGCGAAUGGCGAAGUCGAGCGGCAAAAUCGAUCGAUUCUGAAGGUUUUAAAGAUCGGACAGAUGCAAGGGGAAAGUAUGGAGCGGUGUUUGCAGGAAUAUCUUUACAUGUACACCGUUACACCACAUUCUGUUACUGGAGUGUCACCAGCGGAGUUAAUGUUUGGAAGGCGAUUCAGGGAUAAGUUCCCGCAAGUGGGUGAAGAUCCGAUAUUGGAAGACGAGGUCAAGGAUCGAGACCUGAUCCACAAAUAUCGAGCAAAACAGUAUCGCGACAGAAGAGUUAAUGCACAACCAUCCGACAUUGAAAUAGGAGACCAUGUGUUAAUGCGGCAGCAACACAGAGAGAACAAACUAGCUCCAAACUAUCAUCCUGACCCGGCCGUAGUAAUCGAUAAGAACGGAAGCUGCGUGACAGUGAAGACAGGAGGAGGGAUAUACCGCCGGAAUUCCUCACAUCUAAAAAGGAUCCCACGGGAACUCAACGAGCGGAAUAGUUCAGCGGAAGUCCAAGAAUCACCUAUAUCCGGACCAAGCAAGCAAACUCAGAUAGCAUCCGAUUCAUCGUCUACCUCAGCAGGACAGGAACAAGUCACAAGAACAGAACACGAACAUUGGGAACCACCGAGGAAUGCUACAGCGAUCGAAUUACCAGAGGCUGGAGCAAUGCGUUCAAGGCGACAAGUUAAGAUUCCGGUUAAGUACAAAGACUAUGAAAUGUAA